AUGGACGCCCGUCACCAUGAAGAGACUAGGGUACGACGUCGAAGGGCCCUUGCCUGUAUCGAGUGCCGGAAACGAAAGCUGCGGUGUGACCACAAUCGCCCUUGUAGCAAAUGUCAACGGGCGAAGAAUCGGACAUGUGUCUAUCCUGCCAAUGCUCCUCUUGCCAGUCCGGAAAACCAUAUCAACUACCGACAGGGUAGUCUGUCAAACAUCCAACAGCGCCAGUCCGACCCGGAACAUGGAAUGUUAGCCCAAACACCACAGCCCGCGGACCGAGACCGGGUCUUCACCAGCAGCACCGAUGGAACAUGGCACUCGUCUUCAUUCGGAAGCGUCUUGCUCAGUCAGAUCUCGACUCCGGGGACUGUUUUCCCUCUCGCGAUGACUGGAACUUCUACGCGCCGACCAGCACCAGAGCCACUCUAUCCAGCCGAGAAGUCACCUACUAUCUGCUCACUCACCGAGCUUACAUCUUUACCGACUAUAAUGAUUGUUAAAUCACGAUAUAUUUCACCAAGUCACUGGCUGUACUCAGUGAUGCUAAUGUUGCCUGCGCUGAAGUGGCUGGACAAGGAAAUGGUCAAGCAGGAAGAGUAUCGCGCUUCGGUCAACCACGAAUGCAUCGUUAGACUUCAGCUUUGCUUUGCACUUGGAGCUCUAACAUACGAUGAUCUGUUCUCUCUUCGACCGUACGCUCUUCAAUGGAUAUACGAGACCCAAUCUUGGCUUACCAACGCUGAGAAAUCACAGCCAAGUAUCUCGGGCAUUCAGAUCAUGUGUCUCUUGCAGCUGGCUCAACAGACGACAGAGUCACUCUAUGGGGACCGGAUCUCAGCUCUCUCAGGCAACCUUCUUCGGUCUGCGAUAUGCAUCGGGUUGCACCGAGAUCCGAUUGGGCUGCCGCGGAUGUUACCUUUUCAGAUCGAGAUUCGACGCCGUCUCUGGACUACUGUGUUAGAGCUGGUUCUGGAAGCAAGCAUAGAGUCUGGCCAGCCCGUUCUCAUCUCAUCCGAGGACUUUGACUGUAGCUUACCCUCAAAUCUGAACGACGACCAGCUGCACUGCGAGUCUACAGUCCGUCCCAUUCCGAAGAACCCCAGUCUUCACACCGACAGCUCUCUGCAAAUUGCUCUCGGUCAGUCCCUGACGUUGAGACUGACAAUCGCUAAAUUGUGGAACAAGGUCAAGCAGGAGGCGAACUACGCCACAGUCCUACAGCUUGGUCUGCAGCUUACUGCCACCCGCCAGAUUUUGACAACUACGCUCAAGAACUUGGGCAAGAAUACCUCGCUAUUGACUUGUCAUAUGUGCGAGAUGGUACUUAUGCGAUACGUCUUUGCGCUGCAUUUGCCUUACAUGCUUCUACCUGAUUCUGUCUUUUCCCACUCACGACGCGAGUGCAUAGAUGCUGCGCUGCAUCUUACAUACAGGACUAUGCCAGUAUCCGACACGAACGAAUCACUCUCGGAGCUUCUGCAGCAAGCAAAUGACGAAGACUACUGUCCCGAAUUUGGCCGAUUGAUAGUUUGCGGCUCGGGAUCCUUGCGGUCGGCACAGCAUAUUGCUAUCAGUGUGAUCGCGGCAGAUCUCAACACCAUGAUAUCAGAAAGAGGCAAAAUAGCGACAGGGUCGGCUCUACGUGUCGUGGAAGAGCGUUGGCUACUGAAGGCUGGUGUUGCAUGGGCUAGACGGAGAAUCGAGGCAGGGCAAGAGAAUGUGAAAGAUUAUGUGUUCUUUGCAAUAGUGCUUGCUGCAACAGAAGCUGUCUUGAAAGGCAAACCCGUCGAGGAUGAGAUGACAGAGCGAUGUAAGGAGGCAAUCGCGGACGCGAAGACGUUGCUAUCGGAUAUGACUGGGGGAACAACCUUUGAGCCCGCUAGCGCUGUUCAAAAUGCAGAGUGUGAUAAUUAUUUGGAGGAUAUCGGAGCUUUCUGGGCAAGCGACUUACCGUCCCUUGACUGGGGUGGAUUCAUGCCAAUGCCACACAGCUAA